AUGAUGGCAUUUGAAAACAACAAUAAACGUUCUCCACAGGACAUCAUGAAUCCGAUUGAACCAAAGAAGAGGAAAGUGGAAUUUUCAAAUGAGAUAACGCUACAUCCCUUAAAUCAGGAGAAUGGCACCAAUGAAGAGUUUUCAGCAGCUUUAUAUGCAAGAUAUAUUAAGUCUGCUUUGGAGAACUUAGAAAAGAACGACCCAACUCAAAUAAAUUUAAUUGCAGAUCAAGUGGGACUGCCGGCAAGGAGUCCCGACCGCAUCGAAACUAAGAAUCUAAACAUUCUUCUAGAUGUAUUAUCAAAUAAUAUCAAUAGAAUAGAUUCAUCGCGUGGUAUCACGUUGAUUCAAUCUAUUAUAAACUUUGAGAAAUGGUGGGAACUACCUUCAUUGACUCUAAGUAAAUAUGUAUUCUUUAUCAAGAUCCUUUGUUCAAGUAUACCCAAAUGGUGGCAAGAUGUAUCUAUGAUUCUAGUAUCCAAUUUUACAUUGGAUACUGUAAAGACCAAAUGCCAUCAUGAUAUGCUUAAAUAUUUCUUAAGAAUGAUUCCCUCUUCUAUGGGGUUCAUUGAUGCUUAUUUGGCGAAGUUUUUCCCAAAUAAGAAUGAUACCAGCGAGAAAUUAGUAAAUUAUAUCUCUAAUAUUCUUCUGCUGACUGACUAUUGCAAAGAAUUGAAGUUCCAAGUUUGGUCACUACUGGUUGAAAAGAUUAUUUCGAUUGAUGUUGAAUUACAAAAUGAAUUAGACGAACUAGAUGAUGAAAUAGAGGAAGAUCUAGAAGAAGAAAAUGAGGAAGAAGAAGACGAUGAAGAUGAUGAUGAAAACGAAAAUGAACUUGAACCAAAAAAUACGAUAGAAGACCAAGAUGGGGAAAUUGAAGGUGAUGAGGAAUACAACGUUGACGUGACACAGGGAAUUAAAGAGCUCUCUACUAAAUUGGAUAGCAUAUUGACCUUGAUAACAGAGAGAAUUACCUCUGAAUUUACUGCAGAAAAUUUAGAAAGUGGAGAUGGGGUGACGUUGUUCAACAUAUUGACUACUCUCUUCAAAACCCAUAUUCUCUCUACAUAUUAUACGAGGUCUAUCCAAUAUAUUAUGUUCCAUGUUUCUCAGCAGCAAUUAGAACUAAUGGACUCAUUUUUGGUAACAUUGAUCGAUAUUGCAUUUUCCCCAAGCGAAAGUUCAGAGAAGAAGAUCAAGUCGUUACAAUAUCUAGGGUCAUACAUUGCUCGUGCCAAGAAGCUAUCACGGACGCAAAUAAUCUUUGUUGCAAGUUAUCUAACCUCAUGGUUGAAUCGUUAUGUUAUAGAAAGAGAGGAGGAAGUCGAUCAACCUGGUGGAAUGGAAAGGUUUAAACAUUUUUAUGCCACAUUCCAAGCUCUUUGCUAUAUUUUUUGUUUCAGACAUAGUAUAUUUAGAGACACCGAAGGAGCUUGGGAAUGCGAAUUAGACAAGUUUUUCCAGAGAAUGAUCAUUUCCAAAUUUAACCCACUAAAGUAUUGCAAUGAGAACGUAAUGUUAAUGUUUGCUCGUAUAACACAGCACGAAGAUGUUGCUUAUUGUUUCAGCAUAAUUGAAAAUAACAAUAAUGAAAGGCUAAGAGGUAUUAUUGGUAAAGUGGACAAUGAUAAAAAGGAAUACAACACUGGCGGUUCUACUUCUGGAUGGUCUCUAGCAACAAGGCAACAAUUCAUAGAUUUACAAAGCUACUUCCCAUAUGAUCCUCUAUUUUUAAAGAAUUAUAAGAAAAUAAUGAAAGCGUAUUACAUCGAAUGGAGUGAAGCAAGUGGGGAGUAUGAGAGCGAUGAAUCUGAUGACUAA